CCUGCCGAUUUCUAACAUCUAGAAUUAGUAUCUUUCAUCGGAUCAGCAAUCAUGGGGGUCAAAAUGCUCUUAUUUUCCAUUUUAGUGUUGUGUAUAUAUGAUGGAUUUAUUGGUGUAAUGCCGGAGAACUAUGAGACGACGGAUGAGUUGUAUGAUGAUGAUGAUGAUUUUGAAGGCUAUGAUGAUGAUUAUUCAAGCGAAUCCAGUUUUUUCUUUAUGAACAAAUCCAGUGUAAAUUAUUCAGGGAACUAUGAGACAAUGGACAAGUUGAAUGGUGACUAUUCUGGAGACUUUGAAGAUUAUUCCAGAAACAAUUCCAGACGUUCUCCCUAUGACAAUAUUCCAGUAAUAGUUUUAGAGGAUUUGGUUGCAGGAAUCGAAGUAUUCAUUACAGAAAUUAUUAAAGUGCAGUCGUGUAACAGCUCUGAUCCGGAUGGAGUGAAAUGCAACGUUACACGGAUUUCAUACAACAUCUCACAUGAUGCUGUUGAUUUCCUGAAAGGCCCGCUGGUCACCCGCUUCAUGCCGUCCUUCUACAUAGUCAUCAUCCUCAUCAGUUUGCCUCUGAACGCUUUGGCUUUGGUGACGUUCACCUGCAGGAUCAGAGAAAAGAAACCAGCUGUGGUCUACAUGUCUCACCUGGCGUGUGUGGAUCUGCUCUUCGCCCUGCUGCUGCCACUGAAGAUCCACUACCAGCUGAACGCUUCUGAUUGGCUGUUUGGUGAGGCGGCGUGUCGUGUGCUCACUGCAGCUUAUUACUGCUACAUGUACUGCUCCAUACUGCUGAUGAUGUGCAUGAGUGUGGACAGACUGCUGGCCGUGGUGUUUCCAGUCGCCUCUUUAACCUGGAGAAAUGUUAGGAAAGCCUCAUUCAUAUGUGCAUUAGUAUGGCUACUGGCACUUGCUGGUACUGUGCCACUACUCUGCAUAACUCAAACAUUCAGGAUUAAGGAUGUGGGCAUCACUUGCCAUAGUGUGCUGUAUAACACACAGCUGUAUGCAUAUCUGUUCUUCAUCCUCUCCUGCCUGUAUUUCUUUGUGCCGCUGGUCAUCACUUUAGUGAGCUACUCCAGCAUCAUAUAUGUGCUCAGUGUAAAGUCUGACUGCAUUUCUUCAUCUUCAUCCAACAAAAGGAGAGCUGUGAUCAUGACUGUUUCUGUACUGACUGAGUUUGUGGUGUGUUUUGCUCCAACUAACGUCAUCUUGUUGUAUCACUGUGUUCAAAUAGCUACUGAAGGCAGCACUGAGAAUGGGGAAUACUACAUGUUGGCUUUGUGUUUGGGGAGCGCAAGUGUUUUUCUGGAUCCUCUGCUGUACUAUUAUGGCUCGUCUCAGUUUAGACAGAAAAUCGGUUCUCUGUUUUGCUGGAGGAAGACAAAAAGUGCUAGCACACCAUCAAACACAAACAGUCAAACAAAAUCCUCUCACCUGAGCUGUGAGUACACUAAGGCUAAAGUUGCGAUGUGAAUAUAUAGUAUGUUUAGUUGCCCCUUACUGAUUUCUAAUUUGUUUUCAUGUUUGUCACUCUUUAAUGUUUCUGAUCAUCUAGAAAUUUUAAAUAUUAAUCAAAGAUAACACAUCAUGCAGUUUUGAAAUGAAGGUUUUUAUUCAUUCAUUCAUUUUCAUCCGCUUUUCUGGGGCCAGAUCAUGAGGGCAGCAGUCUUAGGAGAGAUCCCCAGACUUCCCUCUCCCUAGACACUUCCUCUAGCUCCUUUGGGGGAUCCCGAGGCAUUCCCAGGCCAGCCGAGAGAUAUAGUCCCUCCAGGGUGUCCUGGAUCUUCCCCAUGGCCUCCUCCUGGUGGUACAUGCCUGGAACACCUGCCUAGGUAGGCAUCCAGGAGGCAUCGGAAACAGAUACCCGAGCCACCUCAGCUGACUUCUCUCGAUGUGGAGGAGCAGUGGCUCUACUCCGAGCUCCUCCCGGGUGACUGAGCUCCCCAGCCUGUCUAUAAGGGUGCGCCCUGCCAUCCUGCGAAGGAAACUAAUUUCAAGCACUUGUAUCCAAGAUCUUGUUUUUUCAGUCGUGACCCAAAGCUCAUGAGCAUAGGUGAGCUUUCGGCUCAGCUCCUUCUUUACCACAAUGGACCACAUUACUGCUGCUUCAGCACCAAUCCGCCUGCCAAUCUCACGUUCCAUCCUUCUCUCAAGAUACUUGAACUCCUCCACCUGGACUUUCCUCCAACCUGGAGAUGGCAAAUCUCCUUUUUCCGGUGGAGCACCAUGGCCUCGGACUUGGAGGUGCUGAUUCUCAUCUCAGACACGUCACACUCGGCAGCAAACCGCCCCAGAGCAUGCUGAAAGUCCCUGUUCGUUGAAGCCAACAGAAUAACACUAUCUGUGAAUAACAGAAAUGAGAUCCUGUGGUCCCCGAACCGGACCCCCUCCAGCCCAAGGCUGCGCUUUGAAAUUCUGUCUAUAAAAAUUAUUAACAGAAUUGGUGACAAAGGGCAGCCCUGCUGGAGCCCAACAUGCACUGGAAACACGUUUGAGUCAAUAGCCGCGUUUCCACUAUCGCGCCUAAAGCGAGCGAGCCAGGGCGAGCCAAGGCCAGUCGCGUUUCCACUAUCACUUCCGGGGCGUAAUCGGGCCAAAGCGGGGCUUCCUUGGGGCCAGCGUCCGGCCUUUUUCGGCCCGCCGAAUACCUUGGGCCAAGAAGAGCCAACUGGGGCUUCGGGGCGGGGUUACGUACAAGGCGGAGUUUUCCUGUCAGGUAAAGAGGAGACAAGAUGCUUUCUUCCCUUACAUUU